CUCACAAAGGCAUGAGUAAUGCUGAAUGGCUUGCGCGUCUGGAGAGUUUUGCCCAAACAGGAGUUUGGCCAUCUACGCAGGGGAAUAGACCUUCUCCCCGACAAAAAAGAUGGCAUGAGUUGUAUCAGAAGAUAGAAAAGUGCCCUCUGCAAAUGAGGGGACAGACCACUCUUCUGAAGGAAGCUCAGACAUGUAUUUAUGGAUUUCACAAGGUUCAUCCACCAGUCACAGUGGAAGCAUCACAGAGCACCCCGACCAAAAGCACACCCUCUGUCAGUGAUGUGUCAUGUCCUGCAAAGAGAGCUAAACUAACAUUGUCAAUGUUUGAAAAGUCAAGGUUUGGAGGCUCACAUGUGGCAGCAGCAAAACCUAAUUUGAGCACCCAGAGGAAAACCUCUCAGAUGUUAGAGCACUCCAGUUCAGCUGCAGUUUCAUGUCCACCCUCUCAUCCUCAUCCUUCUCCAUCCCCCAAACCUCAUCAGCCUGUCAUCCAGUCCUCCUCUUCCUUCUUCCUUCCUCCACCUCAGAGUUCACAACGCAUCAAAGAAACAGCAACGCCAUCAACUGUUUCUGAGAAUACUGUUGUGAGGAGCCCAGUAAGAUCUCAUUCAAAAUAUAUAGAUGUCUUCAUCAUUUAAUGCUCUCUUAGCUUUUAUUUAAACCAGUGUUUUUGAUAAUAUCAGCAGGUCUCA